AUUUUGCUAGCCUUCGAAGCGGAAUGGUAGUGUUGUAGUAAAGAUUUAUUUUAACGCUUAUUAACUUUAAUUUAUUAUUGUGUUAAAAAUGUUUCUUGAGAAGAAAAUGUAACAGUGUUUUAAUGAACUUAAAACCGGUAGCUUAAAAAAAAUCAUAUUGAUUUAAAAUACGGUGAACUUUCAAACACCAUAGAAAAUGGUUUACGUUGGAGAAAGUUUAUUAUAAAAUGUUGCGUGCCAAAUCGUAAAGAAAUGUUUGGUUUGUAAUUAAUGUGAAUUAUUUUAUCGACUUCAUAUGCAAAUCAGUUUAGACGAUUUCUCUUAUUUUGAUCAAGUCAAACAAUAAUAACUAAGAUGGCACUAAAAGUUGAACCAAAGAGUAAUCUGGAUUUUAUCCUUAGAAAUUUGCUGGCCGGAGGUGUGGCUGGUAUGUGUGCCAAGACCACUGUGGCCCCAUUAGACAGAAUAAAGAUCCUACUACAAGCUCAGUCAUUACAAUACAAACAUCAUGGUGUAUUUGGAGGUCUUAUGGCAAUAGUGAAACAUGAAUCGUUUCUCGCUCUUUAUAAAGGAAAUGGAGCUCAAAUGGUCAGGAUAUUCCCAUAUGCAGCAUCACAGUUUACAAGUUUCGAGAUUUAUAAAAAGUAUUUGAGCGGUCUAAGCAUACCCAUGGUUCAACAUGGAGACAAAUUCAUUGCCGGUGCUGGAGCAGGUCUCACUUCAGUGACGCUCACAUAUCCUCUUGAUACUAUCCGAGCUCGUCUGGCCUUUCAAAUUACAGGCGAACACAGAUAUACAGGAAUUGCUCAUGCUGCGUCUACUAUGUUUAGAACGGAGGGCGGUAUACGUGCGUUGUACCGUGGUUUCGUCCCAACAAUGGUAGGAAUGGUGCCGUAUGCAGGUUUCAGUUUCUACUGUUUCGAGUCACUGAAAUUUCUAUGUAUGAAGUAUUUCCCGACGUCCUUGUGUAGAAAAUGCGAUAGAAAUACUGGCGGCCUAGUCCUGUCAGUACCGGGCAAAUUACUGUGCGGUGGACUAGCAGGGGCAGUUGCACAGUCUGUUUCCUAUCCACUAGAUGUCACCAGACGGCGGAUGCAAUUGGCGGCUAUGGACCCAGCUACGAAACAUUUUGGAAGCAUCGGUAUGUUUUCAACACUCGCGCAUAUUUAUCGCGAAAACGGCGUGAUAAAAGGAUUAUAUCGUGGUAUGAGUGUGAAUUACAUCAGGGCUAUUCCGAUGGUUGCCACCUCCUUCUCCACAUACGAGCUGAUGAAGCAGUUCCUCAACCUUGAUACUGGCAUGAAGGUAUCAUAAGGAUUAUUUUAUAAGACUUCUGAUGUGACAUUUAAUAAAUGUAAAGUUUGUGCUUUUACGUGGCUGAUAUAAGUUAAUAUUAAUAAAGAUGUUGGAACAAAACAUUGGAUACUUCGACUUGUAUUCCAAGUUUAAUAUACAAUUAUUCCGUAAACUAAGCGGUUAAAAACCACAGAUAAACUUAGAAUUAUUGAACGCAGAAUUUCUAUUUGUAAGGCAACAGGGCGAUAUUUUUUGGAGUGAAUCAAAUUCACGAUAGAAAACAAAAAUAGUUUAAUGUGAUUCAAACAAAGGCCAGGUUUUAUUCACAUGAUUGUUUCCUGGCCGUUAUUUAUCUUAAUUUAAAGAUUUGACAUAAUAUAUUAAUUAGUAACUAAACAGGUAUGAUUGCUAUAAAUUGUAUGGGAUAGGGUAGAAAUAAUUAGUUUAAGUGAAUCAGUAUUUAUGUUUUGCUGUUUAUAAAAUUUAUUUGAAUUGGUUUCAACUGACAAUAUUAAUUUUGGUUGUGUUUAACUUUACCUCAAUAAUUACUAUAUUGGCAUUUAUUUGGUGACGUACUUAGAAUCGUCUCCAUUUUUAUUUGUGCACUUAUAACGCCCGAACCUAAUAAUUAAUCCACAAUCUCAGAUUGAAAACAAUCUGAGAUCAGACCGUGACAGUCGAUCGAUCGCCUAUCUGCAUCCCAAUAACC